AUGCUGCUGGGUAAGUGCCCUCACUGUUGCUCCCUACCAAAUGGCGAAACUUACUUCGGUCGCCCGACUGGUCGCUGCUGCAACGGGCGUUUCAUCGUCGACUUCAUUGGUAAUAUAUAUAUAUUUCACUUAACGCUAGCUCUUCCCGCGGGUUUUCUUAAUUAUACCUUGCUGCAUAUAUAUAUUGAACUCAGUGUGUAA